AUUAGAUUGAUUAGCGCUGUGAUCAAGGUGUUCUUGCUGUUUGUGAUCGCUAUUUUCGUGUGUUCAGAUGGGUAAAUCAAAGAAAAGACAGGGCUCGGGCCCUAAAAGUAACCCGAAAAAGAAGCAGAUCUCAAAAAAAGGUAAUUCCGCGCACGAGGACUUCUGUCAGCAUAUGUUGGCAGAAUCAGAGUGUGGAUUUUGCUACCGCGAACGAUUCGACGAAAUGUACGGCUGGUAUAACUCAGGUCCGGAGGAUGACGAAUUGGAUUCAAACGAUAUUUCCGAUAUUUUUGCGGAUUUCUUGAUUUCUCGUGCAACGAACAGCAACACACUCCGUUGGACACGAGCAUCGACAAAAUCUAGGAGAACUACUGACUCCUCUCUCCCCUCUCUGGAACCGAUACUCCCAACCAUAGAAAAGCCACAUACAGUGUUUUGCAUCGAAGAAAACCAGCAAACUAAUGACAAUUUAACCGUGAAAGUGAUAUCGCGAGUGAUCGGGGUGCCGGACGUGAAGAACUGGCCGAUGCUGACCCGAUGUCUCAUCGCUGAGUUCAUCGGGACGCUCCUGUUGGUGCUCAUCGGGUGCAUGUCGAUCGCCUUCUCGAAAACAGACAACUUCUUGGACGUUGUCAAGAUCGCCCUCACAUUCGGUCUCAUCAUCGCCACCAUGGUCCAGUCAAUUGGUCAUGUGAGUGGAUGUCACAUCAACCCAGCAGUGACCUGUGGCUUGGCGAUCUCCGGACAUAUCAGCUUAAUCAAAGCAGUUCUCUACAUCGUGGUCCAGUGUUUGGGCGCAGUCGUCGGAGCAAUUAUUUUGAGCGAAAUCAGUCCGAGCAGCGGGUUCGGGAAAGGCGGGAACCUGGGAGUGACGACGGUUUCCGCGGAGCUGAGCGCCAAGCAGGGCUUCAUCGUCGAAGCCAUCAUCACGUUCGUGCUCAUCCUCGUCGUCCAGUCCGUCUGCGACGUCCGCCGCACCGACCUUAAGGGCUCCGUAGGUGUCGCUAUCGGCUUUGCCAUCACCUGCUGCCACCUAGCCGCGAUAAAAUACACCGGCGCCAGUAUGAACCCUGCUCGAUCCUUCGGCCCGGCCCUUGUCAGUGGAAUUUGGGAUAACCAUUGGGUUUAUUGGGCUGGCCCCAUUCUUGGAGGAGUUGUGGCAGGGCUAAUUUACACCGGUGUUUUUCGUGUAACCAAGGGCUCAGAGGAAGACUCCUAUGACUUCCAAUCAAGUUGAUCACCUGACCUUCCCCAAUGAUUUGUUCUUACUCUCAGCUUUCUCUACCUAGAUUACAGUUUAGGUAGUUGUAAAAAUGAUUCACAUCAGGAUUUUUACAUUUCAUGCUUUCUCGUGUUGUGAAAUUUUCCUCAAACCCCAUCAGGUCGAUUCUUUAAAAAAACAAUUGACUUUAUUUUGCAAUGAAAUUGAGCAUUGUUUAAAUUCUGGUCCACGGUGAACCGGUAAGUGAUUAUCUAAGUCAAGUUUCUGAGUUUCGAGAGAAUUUUCAAGAUUUUUAAAAUACACAUAGAAGAAUUUCAUUAAUUUAUUUCGAAUUCCGAUGUAUUAAUUAUUUUUUAAAAGACGGCAUUUUAUAAUUUGCGCUCAUUAGCCUUGUGUAAAAAUGAAACUCAGUCUUAAAUAUAUUGGAUCACUGUGCAUGAAUGCUAAUUUUUAAUGCUAUAAAAUCAAAUUUUCCAAAUACGUCAGUAGCGAGCUUCUGAUUUAAUAUAAGAAUUGAAAGCUCCCAGUUUCACUCAAACCCCGUUCAAACUCUCAUUCAAACCCCGAAUAUCUAUCUUUAUAUUUCCUUUCAGUAUUUUCUCCAAUCAGGACAUGGACAUGACCUAGAUACCAACUGUCAUCAGGAUGAAUCUUUUCAGCAAUAUGCUGUUGUAUUAUGCGCACUAUUAUUUAUUUAUAGCAGAUGAUACCUGUUCUUUCUAGUAUCUCGUUCUUUAAUGAUAAUUUAAAGUGUAUAUUAUUUUUAAGAAUUGUUUAAUUUAUACGUUAUGUUUUGUGAUUAUUAUGUAUGUGUUUAUCACCAAAUUUAGAUGUAAUAAGUUAUUGUUGUUAAGCUAAAAUACAUGUUCAUUUUUUGUACUUUCA